CUUAAUCCCUUUCGUUCAAAUUUCAAAGUUCGAACUCUAGAAAAGAUUCCAUUCCAGUCCAUUCCAGUCCACAGUCCACACAGAGAAGAAAGGUGGCGAUUGGCGAGUGCUCUGCUGACCCCUCCCCCCUCUCUCUCUCUCUCUCUCUAGGGUCUUUCGUUCUUCCCUUCAAUACCCACGAAGUUCCCCUUCACCAAUCACUCACCACCACUCAACGACCUUGGCCCGCGUUUUGCCUCUUUUUCGUUUUACUUUUUCUCUUUAAUCAAAAUCCCAGACCCCAAAUCUGUUUUUAUUGACUCGGCACAAUCGAGUCGAGCAAAGGAAGAUUCAGAAUAAAAAGGGUCUUUCAGUUUGUCCUUUUUUUUCGUCUCUGUGAAUCUUCUUCGCUUUGUGUUAGAAUUUCGGAUUCGAAAAUGGAGGUCGUACCAACUGACGAUGGGAGAUAUCUGCAAUACAACCUAUUGGGUAACCUCUUCGAGGUCUCUGCCAAGUACGUCCCUCCGAUACAUCCCGUCGGCCGUGGUGCUUACGGCAUAGUUUGCUGUGCGACAAAUUCUGAGACUAAUGAAGAGCUUGCAAUUAAGAAAAUUGGGAAUGCGUUUGAUAACAGGAUAGAUGCAAAACGGACACUUCGUGAGAUCAAACUUCUUUGUCACAUGGAUCAUGAAAAUAUUAUCAAAAUUAAGGACAUCAUACGUCCACGUCAGAGGGAAAAUUUCAAUGAUGUGUAUAUUGUAUAUGAGUUGAUGGAUACUGAUCUUCAUCAAAUAAUACGGUCAACCCAGCCAUUGACCGAUGAUCACUGCCAGUACUUCUUGUAUCAGCUGCUGCGAGGGCUGAAGUAUAUUCACUCUGCAAAUGUUUUGCACCGAGAUUUAAAACCAAGCAACUUGCUACUCAAUUCAAACUGUGACCUCAAGAUCUGUGACUUUGGGCUUGCAAGAACUACCUCGGAGACGGAUUUCAUGACAGAAUAUGUUGUGACACGUUGGUAUCGAGCCCCAGAACUGCUACUCAACUGUUCUGAGUAUACUGCAGCAAUUGAUAUUUGGUCAGUUGGUUGCAUUUUUAUGGAGAUUAUUAAAAGAGAGCCACUGUUUCCUGGUAAAGACUACAUUCAACAGUUGAGACUGAUAACUGAGUUAUUAGGUUCACCAGAAGAUUCAGACAUUGGUUUCCUGAGGAGUGAUAAUGCUCGGAAGUAUGUUAAGCAACUCCCAUGGGUCCCGAAGCAACCAUUUUCGAAGACGUUUCCAAAGGUGCCCCUGUUAGCCAUCGAUCUUGCUGAGAGAAUGCUUGUCUUUGAUCCUUGCAAACGAAUAACUGUUGAUGAAGCAUUGAACCAUCCAUAUUUGUCAAGUCUCCAUGAGAUCAAUGAGGAGCCAAUUUGUCCAUCUCCUUUCAACUUUGAUUUUGAACAGUCAAACUUAGAUGAAGAAGAUAUAAAGGAGCUUAUAUGGAGGGAGUCUCUGAACUUCAACCCUGAUAAGAUGAUGGAGUAGUUAAUGAUUCUAUUUUGUUCCUUUGUUUCCCUUUGAAUGUCCUGGUUGACAUUUCAUUUUGCUAGAAAGAUUUGUGUAUUAUGUGUGAUGGGAUAUUUGUGUAGAUGUUUUGUAGAGGGAGAUAGGUUCUCCUUCUCAUUGGCAAGAGAGUGCAUUUGAGUGGGUGAAGCAGCAGCUGUCAGUUCCUGUGUAUGAAGAAUUUACAGGGUUCAACCUCAUUAUGAAUCUAAGUUCCAGUCCCGAAGAUGAAAUUGCCUGUGAAGGUUAAUUAUACUGUACAUUUAUUUUAUCAAUAAGAAAAGGUGAGUAAUUGGCUAUUUUGCAGUGAAA